AGGUGAUAGAGGGAAAUGUUCAAAUGUGGAUUUCUUUGAAACGGGUUUACAAUAGAAGCUUCACUUUCGCUUUCACUAAGAGCACGUGACUCACCCAUUCAUAUGAAUCCAAAGCGGGAUGAGUUUCUUUAUUGGACGAGCAGCUGACUUUACAGCAGUUUCUUCUUGGGUUUGUGUGUGAAGUAGAGAGAUGUCGUGCAGGGUGAUGUCAGCUCCAGUGUGUUUGAUCGACACUGAUGUAAAGGGGAUGUUGUGUGUGAAUGAAGAGGCUAAAGUCAUUCUGGACGGCAUCGCGGAGCCGGUUGUUGUCGUGUCUGUGGUGGGACUUUACCGGACGGGGAAAUCUUACCUCAUGAACCGCCUGGCAGGACAUCAGUCAGGCUUUGCUCUCGGUAACACUAUCGAGUCGAAGACCAAAGGCAUCUGGAUGUGGUGUGUCCCUCAUCCCUCUAAAGCAGGACACACUCUGGUACUGCUGGACACUGAAGGACUUGGAGAUGUGGACAAGGGGGAUGAGAAACAUGACACUUGGAUCUUCUGUCUGGCUCUUCUGCUCAGCAGCACCCUCGUGUACAACAGCUUGGGAGUCAUAGAUAAUAUGGCACUGGAAAGACUACAAUACAUGACAGAACUGAGAGAGCACAUCCGUAUAAAGGCGAAACAAGACAACAUGGAUGAAAGUGAGAAAUACUUGAAUGUUUUUCCAACCUUUGUCUGGACCGUUCGUGACUUCUGUCUAGAGCUAGAAAAAGACGAUAAACCAAUCACAGCUGACCAAUAUCUGGAGGGAGCUCUGGAACCUAAACCAGGUGACUCAGAUAGGAUUGAGCAGUGUAAUCUGCGACGCCGCUGUCUGCAGAAUUUCUUUGUGACGAGAAAGUGUUUCGUCUUUCCUCGACCUGCCACACCAAAGGACAUGAAAAGAAUGGAGAAGCUGACGGAGGCUGAGCUCGAUCCAGAGUUCCUGGAACAGGCAAACGUUUUCUGUCAAUACAUCUACAGCAGUGCACCGUCCAAAACUAUGGGGGCAGGUUGCACAGUCACAGGAACCGUUUUGGGUAAUCUGGCUGAAAUGUACGUGGAGUCAAUACGCAGUGGAAGUGUACCGUGUCUGGAAAACGCAGUGAUUUCCCUGGCUAAGAUCCAUAAUAAACAAGCAGUGGAUGAAGCUCUUCAGCUCUACGGGUCUGAGAUGCUCAAAUCAAUCCAGUUUCCAGUUGAUCCAAAACAGCUGACUAAUAUUCAUGAAAGUGUGAAGAAGAAAGCUAUUGAAGUCUUCAUGCGUCAGUCCUUCAAUGACACGGAUCAAACUUACCAACAACAGCUUGCGAUGAAUAUUCAAACACAAUAUGAGCGUUUGUGUGAACAGAAUAAGGAAGAAUCUAAGAACCUCUGUCAGUCUGUUCUGCAAUGUGUGUUUGAGCCACUGGAAAACAGCUUGCGUAAUAAAGACUUCAUGAAACCUGGAGGACACAGACGGUACAGAGACACACUUACGCAGCUAUCCAGAGAUUAUAGAUCAAAAAUACAGACACAAAUAAUGAGCGAGGAGGUAUUAGGAAAGUAUUUGGAAGAGAAAGAAGAGACUGGAAGAAUGAUUCAAGCGACAGAUGACUGUCUGACUGCAGCAGAACAUCAGAAAGAAUUGGAAAGACAAAGGCGACUUAUUUUAGAACGUGAGCAAAGAGAACGAGAGGCAGAGAACCGGCGACAGAAACAGAUACUAGAAGAACAACAACGAGCCCAUGAGGAGCACAUGAGACAACUCAUGGAGAAGCAAAGACUUGAAGAAGAGAGAAUAAGACAAGAAAAUGAACGCUUGCAGGAGGCCAGACUAAGGGAACAGGAGCGUUUGCUUCAGGAAAGGCAUCAACAGCAGGCUGCAGAGCUGCAGAUGAUGAUCAAUAGAAUGCAUGCAAGCCAUUCAAGUAGUAGUGGCGAUUGCUGCAUCCUCUGAUCAUACACUUGACACCCCUGCAUUGUUUUUGAAUAGUUACAUAUAUUUUAGGUCAAAUAUGAGGAGCUGAAACAUGCAUCUAGACUUGAGCCGUGUCUGGGAAACCACUCCUAUUAUAUACUGUAGUAUCACCUGACCGGUGUCUAAGACUGAUGAAUGCAUAUCUACUUAUAUUGUUUUCAUGCUCUGUAGGUUUAUUUGGUGAUAUGAUCUACCCAUUACUUUCCUUUAUAAGAUCACUUACUUAUUGAAAUCUAAUAAUAUUAUGUGGAAAAGCUGUAAACGUUGCACUGAUAUUUCUGAAUUAUUUGAUGCAUAACCAAUGAUGGUUAUUUAUAAAAUAAAAUGCUGGGCCACCAAAAAAAAGUAAUUUUGAGAUUUUUGUUCUGAAAUAUUUUUAAGGACCCCACUGACCGCUGAAUGUCUAUAUGAUGACCUUUAACUCAAUUCUUAUUAUUGCCUGCCACUACAUUACAAACCAUAGAGGCAAUAUCUUAUUAAAGGGAUAUAUCACAUUAAAGGGGCCAUGGGACAAGACUUUUUUAACAUGUCAAAUAAAUCUUUGGUGUCCCCUGAGCACAUAUGUGAAGUUUUAGUUCAAAAUACCGUAUAAAUAAUUUAUUAUAGCAUGUUAAAAUUGCCACUUUGCAGGUGUGUGCAAAAUUGUGCCGUUUUGGGUGUGUCCUUUAAAAUGCAAAUGAGCUG